AACAAUAAUUUUGCCGUUUAAUGAUUGGCUUAUAUUAACGAAUGAAAAUUUAGCACAAAAGUUUUAAUUCGCGCUUCAAAAGCCAAUUUUUUACCGCCUUUAAAAUAAGUAAGAUGACACCUUUAGCUGAGUUCCUUGAAAGUAUCAAAGAAGAAAAAUUGGUUGAUUUUUUGCAACAAAAAAGGCUAAUGCCACUUCAAAAACUUUGUCUAUGUGGUCAAAGGAUGCUUGUGCAAAAUUAUAAACGUUGUCAAGAAAAACAUAUUUGGCGAUGUAACACUUGCAAAAAGACGAAGUCAAUUCGAGCAGGAUUUUUUGAAAGCUCUACAUCUUUAAGUGUAAGUCUGAUACUUCAAUUAAUGUUGGAUAUUUGUUCAUUUAAAACUAUGGAUGUUGCUGCUGUCAAUCAAUUAGGUGGUCCAGGGCUCAUUGUAGAAAUAGAUGAAUCUUUAUUUUUUAAACGAAAAUGUUGGGCAUAACGUUGGAUUUUUGGGGCAUUUGAUGUAACUAGUAAGAAAGGAUACUUAAGAAGGGUAGAGGAUCGAACAGCUCAGACAUUAGUGCCAAUAAUUCAACAAUGGGUUGCACCUGGAUCAAUAAUACACUCAGAUCAGUGGGCUUCUUAUACUAAUUUAAAUAACUUAGGUUACAAUCAUUUCGCUGUAAAAUAUACAAUAAACUUUGUUGAUCCUGACACUGGAGCAACAACAAAUCAUGUUGAGUCGUUUUGGUAUCCUCUGUAAUGUAAAAUAAGUAUUAUAAUAUAAUAUUUACAUUAAAAAUGUUUCAUAAUAUUUAUAUUAAACUUGUUUUUUUUUAUGUACAACACAAAAUAUACGUUGCAAAAACUAAAAGAAGAUAAGCCACAAAAAGAUAUGCAAAGAAGAUAAGCUACAAGAAGAUAACUGUAGAAGAUCGAUUAAAAGAAGAUUAGCCACAAAAAGACAUGUAAA